CCCACCGUACACCCCCACCCUUUCCCGUGAAAAAACCGAAAAAUCUCCUUCGAUAUUUUCCUUCCUUCCAAACAGAGCUCACCACGCCAUGAUCAUCAUCAAGCCAAUCGCAAUCAAAUCAAGACCGAAACUUUGAUUCGCCGGACAAAGCAGACGCUAGCUGCCAGCAAUUGGGAAAUAUUCUCGUGUGUGCGCCGCAGCAGAGGAUACAAUGCGGAAGUCAGAGAGUUUCUGCUCUGCAGGCCAAUUCGUUCAUCAAUGAGCUCUCUGUUUCUUCUCUCUCUCUCUCUCUCUCUCUCUCUCGUCUUUAGAAGAAGUCCAUCAUCUUCGUCAUCGUUUCAGGGAUCUAAAGUUUUAUAUUUUCAGGUGGACUGGAGAAUUUGGACUCGGCCGCGAACCAAUUCGAACGAGAUUCUAUUCUUUCCUAAGGAUAUGUGUUGUCAUUUUAGAAAGUUAUUAGGGGCGUUAUGGAGAAUAUGAAAUAUUCAUUAAAGGACCGGUUAAUUUUUUUUCAAAGCAGCUUUGAGAAGCAGGUCUUGGCUGCUUUGAGAAUCUGCUGCCACAGACCUGGGUUUUUAAAAUAAGUCAGCCUUUCUUGGUUUUACCAAACGGGUUGGAACACAAAAAUUUUAUUAAAAGCUGCUUUUUUAUUUAUCGCAGCAACCCCAAACUCUACCGGAGUCACUUUUACAAAAUUUGCCUAAAUUGCAAAACUGUGUUCUGGGUUUUAAAACAAAAGAAAUGCAAGUUCAAAGGCUUUCACUUCCAAGUUACACCCUCACUCCACCCAGUGUCUCACCAUCACAGCAACUCUCCUCCAAGAUUUUGAGGUUGAAUCCAAAUUCCAAAUCUGGGUUUUGCAAUUCGCUCAAAAUGGUGUUCAAAUCACCAACUGGUUUGAGAAGCCAUGGUGGUUCGGAGGGGGUCAGGUGUGGAGUGGCACAGCAAGAAGAUACUGAUCACGGGUUCUAUAUGAGGAGAUGUGUGGAGCUUGCAAGAAAGGCUAUCGGGUGUACCAGCCCGAAUCCUAUGGUGGGUUGUGUUAUUGUCAAGGACGGCAAGGUUGUUGGUGAAGGCUUUCACCCUAAAGCUGGCCAGCCACAUGCCGAAGUUUUUGCUCUGAGGGAUGCCGGGGAUUUGGCUGAGAAUGCAACAGCAUAUGUGAGCUUGGAACCAUGUAAUCACUAUGGGAGAACUCCACCAUGCAGUGAAGCCCUAAUUAAAGCCAAAGUGAAAAGGGUGGUGGUUGGAAUGGUGGAUCCAAAUCCAAUCGUAGCAUCAAAGGGGUUGGAUAGAUUAAGAGAUGCGGGAAUUGAAGUUACUACGGGUGUAGAAGAAGAAUCAUGUAAGAGGUUAAACGAGGCUUAUAUCCAUCAUAUGCUAACGGGGAAUCCUUUUGUCACUAUGAGAUACUCUAUAUCAGUCAACGGACACUUUCUAGAUCAGCUUGGAGAAGGAGUUGCUAAGUCUGGUGGUUACUACUCACAAUUGUUACAGGAAUAUGAUGCAAUUAUUCUUUCUUCUUCCUCAAUAAUCGAGAACGUCUCUAUUCCAGUAUCCCAAGAAGCUGGAGCCAAUCAACCAGUCCAGAUUAUAAUAGCUAGGAAUAGCAGUUCUCCAAUCCAAAUCCCUGCUCUGACCAUUGAACCAAUUGGUAAGCUAAUAAUCUUUUCAGACAAAGAGACAACAGUAGAACUAGAAAGAGCUCAAACAGGUAUUGAAACGGUGGUGUUGGAUCGGAUAAAUUUAGAAGCUAUUUUGGAAUUUUGUAACUCUCGAGGAUUGUGUAGCGUUUUGUUAGAUUUAAGGGGAAAUAUAGGUGAUUUCGAAGAGCUUCUCCAAGACGGUAUUGAGAAGAAUUUGUUGCAAAAAAUCGUUAUAGAAGUAUUGCCCCUGUGGGAUGCAAAUGAUGGUGGGAACUUUCCUAUUGCAUUGAAGAGUCUAAGAAAAAGACUAGAAGUGAAGAAUUUGAAGCCUAAGGUUUCAAGUGAGAAUGUUGUGCUUGAGGGAUAUCUGUAAUUUAAGUGACUAGAAACAGAAAAUGAGAUUUGACAUGAUCGUUUACAUGCGAUGCUGGAAAGAGAUGGCAGGAUUCUUAGGGAAGAGGGGAUGGAGACAUUGUGGGAUAAAGUUCGUUUGUGGUCUUCCUUGCAGGUUUCAGUUUCUAUACAAUUUAGAGAAUUACUAUUGUUUGUUUUUGUUUUUUUCCUCCCCUGCGUGUGGGGGUUCGCCAUAACCUAGAAUGAAGGCUGGUUAUUGUAUUGCAGUUUACAUGCUUUAAUGUGUACCUGUUAGGUUUGGUCGUCAGAUAAAAAGACACCCUGCCCUCUGCAGUACUGUAAAAUUCUGGUUGUACUAAUGUAUUUCUUUUAAUAAAA